AUGGACGAGAACCUCGAGGCGCACUCGCCCAUCCCGGGCUACUUGGCCGCCGCGGCAACCUCCUCCCAUGACUUCCUCGCCGGCCACUUCUCCGUCGAUACCAUCUCGCGCGCCACGUCGCCGGGCGUGCCCUCGUCCGUCACCCCCGACGACGACGGCAAGAAGCGCUACCGUCCGCGCACCUUCAGCUACUUCAGUCAGCUGCCGUACCCUGUCGAAGACGAGUCGGAGCGCGACGCCACCCUCAACCUCAUCCUCAAGAACCUCUACAUUGCCAUCAAGGCCGAGGACUUCACGCCAGGUGCCUUGCACUGGACGCGCGAGCUGCAGGGAUGGCUCAACCUCAAGUUUGAGAUGACACGCGAGCAGCGCGCCAGCCUCGCCCAGCUCUACUACCACCUCGCCCUCGCACCCGGCCUCGAGACCACCGCGACCGACCGCUUCUGCCGCAUGCUCAUCACCCUGACAAAGAAGCGGCACUACCUUCGGCCCGGCGAAGACCUCACCCUCGACUGGCGCCCGCUAUGGAAGCAGCUCAAGAGCAUCACCCUGCCCAGCGAGACGGCGGUGCAUCAGUCGGUCCAGGCCCGUGUCUACAAACAGGUCCUGCGUCUCUGCCUCCAUGCACAGUCCUACCUUGACCCCAGCGACCGCCGCGAAAUGCUCGACGAGAUCCUGCCCUACUUCAGCACGUCCGACAUGUCCAACGCAUUCAUCGUCAUCGGCUUAAUUACAAUCAUGGUGCCCACCGCCCCAGCACCGCCGACGGCCUACAUGUCGCAGCCGUCCGACUUCCUCCCCACCUACUUCCACCUCUGGUCGCUCGUCAAUCGCUCCAAAGCCGUCGACGUUUCCUUUGUCGACAUCUUCUCGCGCAUGUCCCGCGAUUACCUCACCUACCAGCACGUGCCCUUCACCGCCCACGGCAUCUUCACACGAGAGCAGUCCAACCUCAUCUUCACGGCCAUCCUGCGCCUCACCGAGAUCCCCGUCGGCCAGGCCAAUUCGCCCUACGUCUCUACCCUCGACUACUCGUCCGGCCUGGCCGUGUUCCUCGACAAGGACCGGAAAAAGUACCCCGUCCCCUACAUGGCCGCGCGCUGGAUCGUGCACGCCCUGUCGCCACUGUGCCUGGACACGCAGGACGAGGAUGCCGGCGCGACGCCCGCGAGCAGCAUCCUCACGGGCCUCGAGGGCUUCUUGGAGUCCAUCGAUACCUUCUUCCACCCCUCCAACCAGGGCGCCUGGACCAGCUUCCUCGCGCAGUUCACCCACUACCUGGUCGACAUCUUUGUCAACCGCUGGAACCGCGAACAGAGCGGCGAACUCGACGUCCCCGUCGACCGCCGCCUGACGCCCGAGGUCAAGCGCCGCUUUGUCCUGGCGCUGCGCGACGUCACCUUCAUGGGCUUGUUUGCCAAGAGCCAGAAGACGGCUGGCUACUAUUACGUCACGCUCCAGUCGCUCGCCUUCUUGGAGCCAGGCCUCAUUCUGCCUGGCGCCCUGCAGCGCUUCUAUCCCAGUCUGCAGGGGCUUGUGGAAGUGCACCGGACGACGGCCAGUUUGUGUGGACUCCAGGUGAUUGCACACACCAUGUCACGUCUCAAGGGUUUCCGCGGCCACAUCACCGCCCUGCUGGCGCUCGCCCUGCCCGGCAUCGACGCCAACGAUCUCGGCAAGACACAAUUGACUCUUGCCUUUAUCCAGACCGUCGCGUACAGCAUACCCUUUGCGUCGCUCGUCAACGACAAGGAUGCCGACAAUGGCGUCUAUGACACCGGCCUGGCCAUGGAGUGGGUCCGCGGCGAGAUGGAACGCUUUGAGCGCGAGGGCCAGGACAUCGAGCUCGACUACGACAAGGAGCUCACCGACGAGGAAGAAGCCCGCAUCGUGCGCUCGUCCACGGCCGGCUUCGGCGAGUUCUUGAAUUCUCUGCUGGGCAAGAUUUUCACCCUGGUUGAGAACCUGCCGGACCUCUCGCACUUCCGCUCUGGUUCUCCGGAAGACCAUGUCAUCAACUCGCUGCCGUCCGCCCUGACGCCCGUCUUCGCCGCCCUGUCGCCGGAGCUGUUUGACAUGGCCGUCGAGAAGAUUGCCGCCUUCGUGGCUUCGCACGUCGUGCACCAGGCCCGUGACUCCAUGGCCUGGAUCGUCAACGCUCUGUGCCGCGUCAACCCGGAGAAGACGCUGAAGGUGUUCAUCCCCAUGCUCAUUGUCAACAUCCGCAACGAGAUUGACGACAACAGCGCCGCCUCCGAUCGCAGCAGCGGUGCCGACGUGCUGCCGCGCGACCGUGCCCUGGUGUGGUACGUGAGCAUCCUGAGUAUGUGUGUUGUCCACGUCGGCAGCGAGGUGCUCAAGUACAAGAAGGAGCUGCUCGACAUUGGCGAGUACAUGCAGGACAAGUGCCGCGGUCUGGCUACCAUCCACAUCUCCAACUUCGUGCACCACCUGCUCAUCAACCUGACGCACACCUACCCCAUCGACAACCAAAUGUUCGAACCCGACGUCAUCAAGGACGGCAUUGGCUUGCAGCACUUUGGCCACAUUACGGCCCCGUCCGACCUCACCAUCAAGUGGUACCGCCCCGCGCAGCCCGAGGUCCAGUUUGCGGCGGAACUGUUCGAGUCCCAGGUCAUCAGCGCCAAGGAGAAGAUGGAGGCCUUGAUGAGCGCCGAACCGCCUGUCAGUCGCAAUGGCAAGAACAAGGAGUGGAGCGACGAGCUGACCCGCGCUCUGUCACGGAUUCGCCAAGUUAUCUCGGGCGUCUCGCCCCUCUUCGAGACAGCACGUGCGUCGACGACGACGACCGACGGCCGCGGCGGCCCGGCCAAGAACGACGACGUCGAGAUGAAGGACGCCGCCGCACCCCCUGCGACGGCCAUUUCGAGCAUCGAAGGAAAUGACGAGGACACGGCGAUCGACGAGGACGUGGAUCCGCUUGCCGAGGUGGCGUCCGACGACGAUCUGAAGCGCGAGUUCUCCUACCCGUACGGCUACGUCCUCGACCGCAAGAGUGUGCUUUUUGAGCGCAUCCACGAGCUCCGCGAAACAGUCGGCUACCUGCUCGCCCGAACGCACCGCUUCCUCGUCGCAUUCCAGGAAGACGACGUCGCUUGCUUUACGGAGCUGUACACCACGUACCGGACCUUCAUUACGGAUGUUGGCUUUGAGCGGACGUCACGCCCGCUCGACCGGCUGCUGCGCCUGUACCGCUCCGACAUUGCGUCCUUCAAAAUCAACGGUCUGCGCAAGGCGUACCCGCGGCCGCUGCUCGUCAAGCGCGCCGACGCGUACCAGCUGCAGCGCGUGAGGUACAACACGACCUACCGGUUGACCAGCCAGCUGGACAAGCAGCUUAUCAAGGACCUCGCCCAGUCCUGUACGUCUGUGUAUGCUGAUGUACGCCGUGCCGCCCAGUCUGCGCAGGAGUCGUCGCUCAAGGUGCUGAUUGGCAGCCGCCCCGUGGUGAUUCCCAUUGUCCUGCGCACGCUCGAGGAGUCGCUGGACAACAGCGAUCACGACCGGAUCAAGGGUGCCAUGUACACGUUGCUGUUCACGUCGCUCAUCAAGACGCUGAUCCGUGACUGGCGGUUUGCCCCGACGCUGAUCCGGCUCUAUAUCCGGUCGGCCGACGUUGACAAGGCGUCGAUCCAGCAGAUGGGUGCGAACGCGCUCUUCCCCUUGCUCGAUUUCGGCAAGGCGUUUGAGCGCAUGGUGAUUGUCAACGAGGCGACCCUCGCCACCAUCACGCCGGCCAGCAAGGACGACCUCGGCGACAGCGCCGAAAAGAUCCAGAAGCGGCACUCAUUCAUCUUGGAGCGGCGCCGCAAGGUCGAGCAGAAGAAGGCCGAGCUCGGCCUCGAACUGAUUGAGAUUGCCGCCAAAUCCCAUUGGAAGGUGGCCAGCCGCUGUGCCGUGUUCGCCAAUAACCUGUGUCUGCGUUUCGACACGCUCGCCCCCGCCGCGUUCAUUGAGCUCGCCGCCAACGGCGCCAUCAGCCAGCAUCCGACACUGCGGGCCGGCUACCAAAACGCGUUUGCGAACAUUUUUAUGUUCUUGGCGCUGCGCGCCUGCUACAAGAACGACUACCGCAACUACCUGCUGGACAACGAGCGGACGGACAACCGGCUCGAGAUCCAGGUCCCGGCCACGGGCGGCGAUGCGGCAUGGACCAAGCAGUACCUCGACUCGUUUGCCAUCCAGGCGCCGGAAGCCAAUGGCCACGGCCCAGCGACCAGCGGCGGCAGCAGCGGCGAUGCAGACAGCACCUCGUACUUUGUUGACUCAGACUACCCUGGCUGGCUCGUGUGGGGUAAGUCGUUUACGGGCUACAGCGCCGACCCGACCAUUGUGGCGAACCGCUUCGAUGCGGUCGGCACGGCGGCCCGCAAGCAGAUUGGCACGAUCCUGACCAAGGAUUGGCUCAAGCAGUACUUUGACUACAUGAAGCAGGAGCCGCGCGAUGCCAACGCCGACCGCUUCAAGGUGCGCUACGUGUCGAUGUUGUCGUACGUGUUUGAGCUCGUGCACAGCGGCGUGGCGGCCGUCACGUUUGACGAAGUCAAGGAGCUGGUCCGCGGUGUCUACGACGAUGGCUCCGACCGCCACCAGCAUCGGGCCACUGCGGAGAUUGUCGCGGCCCUGCUGUCCGUCGGCCCGGACGAGCCCAAGGCGUACCGCGACCGUGCCUGGGCGUUUGCGGGGCCGCUUCUGCUCGACAUCAUCAACGACAAGCUGACGCCCGAGAAUCUGCAGUACUGGAUGACGUGCGUGCACAUGAUUACGGGGAUCAGGGACCCCCGGCGGGCACGCGAGCUCGUCCUGGGCCUGGGUUCGUUCCGGCUGGACAUGACGUCCAAUGCGGCGUUCAAGGAGUCGUCCAAGGUGACGCUGCUCGAGUUCUUGAUUAGCGAUGCGGGCUGGCACUUCCGCGGCGAGAAGCCGAUUGUAUCGGACAUGCUGGCGCACAUUGACCACCCGUACAAGGCGGUGCGGGAGGCCAUGGGCCGGGUGCUGGCGACCAUUUUCCGCACGCGCUACCACGAGUCGUUCCCCAACGUGGCGGCCCUUCUCGAGCAGAACAAGGCUGCGUCGUCGGUGGGCAUCCGCCCGUACCAUGCGACGAGCGAAUUCUCGGCCAUUGUCACGGAGGUGUUCCAGCGGCUGGAGGCGUGGCGCCACGAGCGCGUGCCCGGUCAGCAGGAGCAGAGCAGCUACACAUCCGGAUCCAAGACGGUGCUGACAUGGCUCGACUGGAUGCUGUCGUCACAGGAGUGCACGGAGCUGGUGCAGUUCUUCCCGGAGCUGUUCAUCGACCAGCUGCUGCACAUGAUGGACGUCAAGGAGGACCCGGAGCUCAUGCGCCUCGCGUACCACGUGUACCGGCACCUGCCCAACAUCCCGCUGCGCGAGGGCGAGGACGACGCCUUUAUCCGCAAGCUGAUUGACGUCGGUCGGUCGGCGCCCAGCUGGCACCAGCGCCUGCGUGCGCUCAUCAACAUGCAGGUGGUCUACUUCCGGCGGCUGUUCUUGAGCCGCCCCGCCCAGCGCAAGCUACUAUUUGACGCCGUCGGCGACAUGCUGGCGGACGCACAGCUCGAGGUGCGCGACUCGGCGGCGGCGACGCUGGCCGGAAUGAUCCGCUGCUCGCCGGCGUCGAUCCGCAACCCCAUCAUCCAGUCGCUGAUGCGGCGGUUCAAGGAGCAGCUCGCGGCCAACCCCAUGCCGAAGCGGAAGCGGUCGGUGGUCUCGGCGGUGGCGGGGAUGGGGGCCGAAUCCGCGAGCGGACGCGAGACGCCCAUUGACACGAAGCGGCAGGUCAUUCGACGACACGCGGCCGUCUUGGGCCUGGGCGCGCUGAUCGAGGCGUUCCCGUACGCAACACCACCACCGUCGUGGAUGCCCGAGGUGCUGUCGCACCUGGCGACGCGGACGGCCAACGACCCGGGCGUGGUGGGCAACGCGACCAAGUCGAUUCUGUCCGAGUUCAAGAAGACGCGGCAAGACACAUGGAUUGUGGACCAAACAUACUUUACCCCCGAGCAACUGGAGGACCUCGAGGGUGUUUUGUGGAAGAGCUACUUUGCAUAG